AUGGGAUAUCUGAAUUCUGUAUUGUCAUCUUCGAGCCAAGUUCAUGUCGACGAUGGACCUGUUAGCGGCGGUGGACUCAGUCAGAACGGGAAGUUCAGCUAUGGAUAUGCAAGCUCUCCUGGUAAAAGAUCUUCAAUGGAGGACUUCUACGAGACUAGAAUCGAUGGCGUUGAAGGGGAAAUUGUUGGUCUAUUUGGAGUCUUUGACGGACAUGGAGGUGCGCGUGCAGCUGAAUAUGUGAAGCAAAAUCUCUUCAGUAACCUAAUCAGGCAUCCAAAGUUCAUCUCUGACACCACAUCAGCAAUAGCUGAUGCAUACAACCAAACAGACUCGGAGUUUCUUAAAUCAGAAAAUAGUCAGAACAGAGAUGCUGGUUCAACGGCGUCAACAGCCAUCUUAGUUGGUGACCGUUUACUUGUUGCAAAUGUAGGGGACUCUAGAGCUGUUAUAUGCAGAGGCGGCAAUGCUAUUGCUGUAUCCCGAGAUCACAAGCCUGAUCAAAGUGAUGAGCGCCAGCGAAUUGAGGAUGCGGGAGGAUUUGUUAUGUGGGCUGGAACAUGGAGAGUUGGGGGAGUUCUUGCUGUUUCUCGUGCAUUUGGCGAUAGGUUGUUAAAACAGUACGUUGUUGCUGAUCCAGAGAUACAGGAGGAAAAAGUCGAUAGCUCUCUCGAGUUUCUUAUCCUUGCAAGUGAUGGUCUCUGGGACGUUGUAUCUAACGAGGAAGCGGUAGGCAUGAUCAAGACGAUAGAAGAUCCCGAGGAAGGUGCAAAGAGACUGAUGAUGGAAGCUUACCAAAGAGGAAGUGCAGACAACAUAACUUGUGUGGUUGUACGUUUCUUUUCAGACCAAACAGGAGUAGGUUCCAGCAGCAACAGUAUCCCAGUCGAUCAUAUCGUACCAGACAGAAGCUCCAGUGACUAA